CGGGAUCCGCGCCCCAGCUCCUUGCUGGUCCCUUUCGCUCCCAGGCACCCUCAGUUUGGCGCGCCCCGAAGGCCAAACGGGGCAGACGCCAGGGUUGCAGGUCCGAGACGCUCCGCCUCCUUCUGCCACUUAGAGUCACUAGCGCUAGCUGGAACCCUUACGCUCAGUCUUAAUCUGCGGUCACUUUCGGAACUUCCCAGGCAAGGAUUAGCUAGGCCCUCUGCCUCCAACCAACGCCGUGCCUGCCGCCUGCCUGGGACACCACCAGGACCGGGAGAUCCCGCUCUCUCCCCGCCCCCCGCCCGGGCACCGACGCCCCAACUUUUUACGCGCGGUCUGCGCCCGGCGACUGGGUGUCUGGCUCCUGUGCUAAGGGGCGUGCGCAUCUUCCGGGUGCCGGCAGCGCUCCCAUCCUCUCGGCUGGCCCUCCUCCUCCCCAAGAACGACUGUGGGCCUGAUGAGCCGGGAUCUGCAGGGCACUGGACUCUUCCUGGGGCUCUGAUUUCGCCCCCGCCUUCCAAUCCAUCUUCGAGGUCGGGACUGAGCCUCAGGCGGCCAGGCUUCUUACUCCAAAAGUCAAGGCGGCCUUGUCUUUUUCUUUCCGAACGCGAGUGCCUGUGGCAGAUCGGCCGGGCGCCCGGGACCGCGUCGCGCCGUCGGGUGCAGCGCGCACCAUGGCCGGCUGCUGCUGCUUGUCGGCGGAGGAGAAGGAGUCGCAGCGCAUCAGCGCCGAGAUCGAGCGGCAGCUUCGCCGGGACAAGAAGGACGCGCGCCGCGAGUUCAAGCUGCUGCUGCUGGGAACUGGUGAAAGUGGCAAAAGCACCUUUAUCAAGCAAAUGAGAAUCAUCCAUGGGUCUGGUUACAGCGAUGAAGAUAGAAAGGGGUUCACGAAGCUGGUUUACCAAAACAUAUUCACCGCCAUGCAAGCCAUGAUCAGAGCCAUGGACACUCUGAGGAUACAGUACGUGUGUGAGCAGAAUAAGGAAAAUGCCCAGCUAAUCAAAGAAGUGGAAGUGGACAAGGUCUGCGCCCUGUCCAGGGACCAGGUGGAGGCCAUCAGGCAGCUCUGGCAGGACCCAGGAAUCCAGGAGUGUUAUGACAGGAGAAGGGAGUACCAGCUGUCGGACUCGGCCAAAUAUUACCUGACUGACAUUGACCGGAUCGCCAUGCCGUCGUUCGUGCCAACACAGCAAGACGUGCUUCGCGUCCGAGUGCCCACAACCGGCAUCAUUGAGUAUCCGUUUGACUUGGAAAACAUCAUCUUUCGGAUGGUAGAUGUUGGUGGCCAGCGAUCUGAAAGACGGAAAUGGAUUCACUGCUUUGAGAGUGUCACCUCCAUUAUUUUUUUGGUUGCUCUCAGUGAAUAUGACCAGGUCCUGGCUGAGUGUGACAAUGAGAACCGCAUGGAGGAGAGCAAAGCCUUAUUUAAAACCAUUAUAACCUACCCCUGGUUUCUGAACUCGUCUGUGAUUUUGUUCUUAAAUAAGAAGGAUCUUUUGGAGGAGAAAAUCAUGUACUCUCAUCUAAUUAGCUACUUUCCAGAAUACACAGGACCGAAGCAGGAUGUAAAAGCCGCCAGAGACUUUAUCCUGAAGCUGUAUCAAGAUCAGAAUCCUGACAAAGAGAAAGUCAUCUAUUCUCACUUCACAUGUGCUACAGACACGGAGAAUAUCCGCUUUGUGUUCGCUGCUGUGAAGGACACAAUUCUCCAACUCAACCUGAGGGAAUUCAACCUGGUUUAGAAGCUGCUGCCCACUCCUCACCCCUCCCAGAAGACAGGAUUUGCAAGCUCCGCCCGUUUUAUUUGCUAGUGCUUGUGACAUCACCCACCAGGCUGGUGGCACCAAGCCGGCCAUGCGGGCCCCAGGGACAGGUGAUGGACUUUGUGAGAUAGUUUGAGUUUAGCCAACUUUUUCAAAAAGUCUUUAUAUUUCUUUUCUUGACUUUUGGCUAGGAGAUUUUAAGUUUUGAAUUUGAUAUUUUAUAGAAUUUUUAAAAGCCACUGUGAUUUACUGUGUUAAGUUAAAGUGUGUUUAAUAAUAGUCCUUAACACAUCCUGUAUCAGAGGGGUCUGUUAAUUUAUAGAUCAUGCCUUGAGACCUCUAGGAUUAACUUGGGUGGUAUUUUUGUUUUUUUAAAGAAAGUUAAUGGGUUUGAAGCUUUUUAUUAAAUCUUGUAAUUUAGAGAUUUAAAAUUUUCUCUCUUCAUGCUGAAGUAUGCAUUUAACAUGCCAUCAAACAUUUGUUUUUUUGUUAAGCCAAAUUAAUGACUAUAUCAAUGUAUCUUAGUUUUGCCAUUAUUUGAUCACCAUGCAGCCAAAGUUGACAUAAAUGGGCUCUAGACAGCAUAUUAUGUUGUACUGGUGGAAGAAAGUGUGUGUUAUAUAUCUAUGACCAAGUCUUGUAAACUUAUGAAAUGGUUUAAGUCUAAAUUGUUUAACAAAUGUAAUGUAACCCCUGCCAAAGUUCUGGUGGCCACCACAGAUUGGCUGUUUGAAACAUGCAUGCUGUGCCUUUCUGAGGAGGCUACGAAUAUACCAUUCGGCCAUCAGCCUGGGA